AUCAUUUUUUCAAUUAUCAUCAUCACCAUAUUAUUAUUAUUAAACACAAGAAUGACACAAUUUUUUUUAUGAAUGAUUGUCAUGAUGAAUUAAUUCUUGUGUGUUGUUCUUUUGAAUCCGUAAAAAUAAACGGGAUCAACGAAUUGAUAGUUUGUUCGUUUUUUUUUGUAUGUUGGUCAUAUCGACAUUUAUUUCUCUCAUUGAUGAUGACAAUGUUGCAAUAUUUUUUGUGCAUGUGGCUUCAAGGAAGGAAUUUAGAUUAAUUUUAUCAUUUCGUUCAACAUUGAACAGUCCAUUUGAAAAUUCGAUGAUUAUUUUUUUUCGUUUUUUUGAAUAGAGACUGAUUAUUGAACGACGACGACGACAACAAUUUUGUGAUACAAUCAAUUUCCAAUGCCUUUAACAGAUGAUAUAUACAACAAUGAUGAUGUUGAUGAUAGUCUUGAUAAAUAGAUGACCAAACAAAUUUGAAUAUUUUUUUCUGCAUUUCAUCAUUUUCCAUUUUUUUUUUUGGAUGGCAAUAUCAUCAUUGAAAAUUGCCAUAAUGAAUCGUUUUACCAAACAAAUUGUAGCAAUAAUAUCGUUAACAUUGUUGGGUUGUCUUUAUCUUCAACAUGUAUCUGAUUGUCAACGGCCAUCAAUUGCAUUACAUCAAUCACAAAAAUCAUCACCAUCGAUAAUUGAUGAAAACAACAACAACAACAACAACAACAAUAAGAGUAACAACAACAAUAAAUGUAAGCCACGUUCAAAUAUAGUGUUUAUCAAAGCACAUAAAUGUGCAUCAUCAGCCAUACAGAAUAUAUUCAUUCGUUAUGGCUAUUUUAAUGAUAAAAUAUUUGUCCUACCAAAAGAUGGUAAUUAUUUGGGCCAUCCACAACUAUUUCAACGUUCAUUAGUACCUGAUCCACGUUCAUUUAAAUCCAAUUACAAUAUAUUGACACAUCAUUCACGAUUAAAUUAUCGUGAAAUGAGUCUAUUGAUGCCUAACAAUACCAUAUUCAUUACUAUUAUACGUAAACCAAUCAAUCUAUUUGAAUCAAUGUUUCAUUAUUAUAAAUUGGAUAAAUUAUGGACAAUCACGUUCGAUGAUUUUAAUCAACCAAAAUCAUUUAUACCGAAAAAAGUGAAAGAAAAUCGUUUGGUUGGAAAAAUUGGCAUUAAUCAAAUGAUGUUCGAUAUGGGAAUGACACCGAAAGAUUUUGAAAAUGAUGACAAAAUUCGUCAUUUUAUACAACGUUUAGAUUCAGUAUUUUCACUAGUCAUGGUUGCUGAACGUAUGGAAGAAUCAUUGAUUCUAUUGAAACGUUUACUUUGCUGGAAUUUCGAUGAUAUCGUCGUGUUCAAGGUGAAUGCACGAAAUACAAAUUCCAAACAUCAUCUCAAUGCUACCGGUAUCAAACGUAUUGAACAAUUAAAUCGUGCUGAUCAAAUGUUAUAUGAACAUUUUACCAAAAAAUUCGAACGUGAAGUAAGAAAAUUUGGCCAAAAAAGAAUGAAACGUGAAAUCAAUACAUUACGGACACGUACAAAAAGCUAUUAUGAAUUGUGUGUGAAUAAAACGAUUACAAAUUCAAAAAGUCAAAUUGUUCGUUUCGUUACUAGACGUGAAGAUAAUCUGAUGUGUCAAUUUUUGACCAAUAAUGAAUUGAGUCUGACAAAAUUCAUACGAAAAGAACAGAUUAAAAGAUAUCCUUCAUCAGUCUUCCAAAAUUAAUUUAGUCAUCGAUUU